AUGGGAUUGAAUGCAUCAGUUAGUCGAAAAUCCUCUUCGCCCUGGGAAGUGCCUUAAAGACACCAGACCCUCCGCAACUGCCGGAAAAUGAAGCGAUCAUUCUUCUCCCUCUAGUGAGUGUCCUCAUCAAAAUGGAUUUCAAUUUCCACGCAUGGGCGGAUGACAAGAGAGUUCGGGCACUACUACUUCCACUUUCAGAUGCUGCACGAUACUCAAUUGCGCUGCCGCAGAACAAGACGCACGUUGACCUGCUCGGUCCUCGACCACCAUCUCCUCCUGCCGAGGGAAAUGGCCGAGAUUUCGAUGACGAAGAACAGCCCCAAGUUCUGGUGGAACAGACUAUGCGCACUGCCAAAAAGGCACUGGUCCUCCGCCAGAAUAAAGUCUUGGACCGGUUUACGUUUGGGUCAGAUCUGGGCAACUACUUCGUCCUGUCGGGCGACCCUGCAUCAAAGGACCAUGUCUGCUAUAUCAAUAUCUAUCAUUGCCAAUUGUUUCCUGAUCCAGACUUCUCAGAGAUCUGGCUGCAGAACUUGUCUGCCUCUGAACAAACCGUACGCGAAUGGCCGCUCUCGUCCCAGACUCGCUCUGUCGCACCCAAGGAGAGUACUCGACUCCGCGCUAGCACAUGGAUCCUCAACCUAGGAGAAGGCCUCCGGUUCCUCUUGCAUGUCUUCCCUCUGAGCGAUGUGUAUCAGCCUAGUAUGUACACCUUAUCAGCACCUUCAGAGAUCGUCACGGCUCCCCAUGCCCCUUCCGGGCAAAAGACCGACCUUCGACGUCGAACAAAGCCUGCAAGGGCCGAUGUUAAGAACAGCACCCGAAAAACGGACGAUACCUCCCUCGAGGAUAUUUACAACUCCCCUAAGCAGACUGUAACGGUCCGUCAAGAAUCAACAGCGAAGACGCAGGUCGUCGGGAAAUUCAUUGGGGAAACACGCUAUUCACGGAUUGAGGAAGGCAAAGCGUUAGGGAAGAGAGUUGCGAUCAAGUUUUGUCGGCACCCUGACAUUCCAGUCGCUGCAAACAUGUGGCGGACUGAGGUUCACGCCCUCAAGGCUCUCUGCAAGCAUCAAAACGUCGUCCAGUUUCUCGAGUCAGACGCUGAAAAGUAUUCGAUAACGAUGGAACUAGUCCCCGGGAUGAGCCUCGAAAAAUACGUUGACCGCCAGUUCACCUCCACACUCACCGAGAUGCAAUCCAUGGAUAUCUGGCUCGGUGCCGCCCAGGGGUUGCAGUGGGUGCAUCAGAAAGGCUUUUUCUACAAUGAUCUCAAGGCCGAGAACACAAUGUACGAUCCCAAGUCUCGUCGCACCGUUUUGAUCGACUUUGGUCUUGCCUCUCCGGAAAACCUUACAUAUUUUAUUGGUGGGGGUACUCCAUGCUAUGUCUGCCCAGAGUAUAUCCGUCGGGAGAGACACCAGGUCAGCGACAUCUGGUCACUAGCUAUAGUGAUAAUGUUUACUUUUAGAUUGAUUGAACUCCCACGAGAAACGUGGGACUUAACGCAGGUAUUUGACGACACUUCACCUCACAGGGAGAAGAUGGACGCCUGGCAUGAUGGAAUUUGGGCCAAAGCCAAUACGGCGCCUUCACGUCAUCUUGAGCUUCUACGUCGCAUGCUUCGCAAGUCGACAAGAGACCGGAUACGGGCGCAUGAGCUUGUGGCGUGUCUUCAAGAAGUACAUCACUCUCAUGAGCUUUUAGCAUAGGUUGUGCAUUGGGGAGUGAUAGACGAGAUUUUUGCUUCGCUAUCUCUAAGACUAGAGGACCGAACUCAGCUGCUGUGAUCAAAGCGAAAAACCUCAUAAAUAUAUACCAUUCAGGGCUCUG